AAAUUGUGAUUUACUAAUAUCGAAUAAUUUGUAUCCACCGAGACGAGAGUUACUAACUACGCAUAACGACGACGUCAUAAUACAUCAGUCCAGUGAUGGCCACCCAUAUAACAUAACAGCAGCAACAACAACAACAGCCGCAGCCGCAGCAGCAGCAGCAGCAGCAUCAGCUUCAGUAGGAGAGUCAACAACAACAACAAACGCUAAUAACAGUAAUCUGUUCAAAGCUGCUACUGCCGCCGCCGCAACGGCUGCCUAUGAACAGCAACAAUUACAAUUGCAGUUACAACAACAAAACAGUCCCACAAGUAGCAUAUCAAAAGGAAGAACUGAACUAUUGUUGGGCGAUCAAUCGCUGCGACAGGAUCCGCGGCCCCGUCGGCGUUCCGGCUCAAGCAUUGUUGUCAUUGACGGUGAUGAUCUGAAGCCAUGUCUGCCGGAUGAUUACAUAAGCAGCCAGCAUCAUCAGCACUACCGCACGCACUCGAGUGAUAUAAGGGAGAUUGAUCAGGAAAUGCUGACCAUGCUGUCGGUGAAUCAAGAUAACGGUCCGCAUCGUGAGAUGGCCGUCGACUGUCCAGAUACGUUUAUAGCACGCAAUAAAACACCACCCAGAUAUCCGCCACCCCGUCCACCACAGAAACAUAAAACAAGACACACAACCACCACCACCACAACCACAACCAGCUCCACCAACACCAAAACCACCUACACCAGCACCACCAUUUCCACAACCACAACCACCAGCACAAAAACUAAAAUUAACGAUGAUCAUGCUAACAAAUUGUUAAUUGUUGCAUAUCAUUCUUCACAUCAACAUGAACAACAACAACAACAACUACUACUACUACAACAACAACAACAACAACAAUCAUACCAUCCAUCAAAAACAACAACUACAACAACAACCACCGACACUACAAAACCAAUUGCACUCGAUGUGGCCACACAAAAUUUCUAUAAUCAAAAACAACAAACCAAAUUGGAACAAAUUGAAAACUAUGAAAAUUGCCUGCAAUCGGAACAACACGAACAGCAACAACAGCAACAGCUACAACACCAACAACAACAACAAUUGACGGUGGCAGCAGCUGUAGCCACCGCAGUUACAGCAGCCACCGCAGCAACAACCACAGCUUCACAAACGGCUCAGCAACAAACGCCCAGCAACAACAAAUUGCAAGUCACAUUGAGCAGCAAUCCGAACGGCAGCGGUGGCAGCAGCAGCAGCGGCAACAAUAACAACAACAACAACAACACAGAGGAGCAACAGCAGCAGCAACAACAAUUGGAAUUCAUGUGCGUGGUCGAUGGACUCUACAGGAAAGGCUCGAGCUCGCCAUCAUCGAGCACAUUCGAUGAGGUGCUGAGCAAGCACACACUGGAGUCGUUCGAAUCAAUUGCCUAUCGUCAUUUGCAGCAGCAGCAAACGACAAGCAAUAGCAACAACAGUGGCAACAGUGGCAACAGCAACAGCAGCAGCAGCGCUGAGGCUACGCCCAGCAAGGGAAAUAAUCACAACCGCAACCACAACCACAAUAGUAGCAGCCACAGCAAUUCGCUGAACAGCACACGAAGCAGCAGCAACUCAUCCAUGCACACCAGCAAUAGCAACAACAGCAGCAGCAGCGGCAGUGGCACCGGUAGCAGCAACAUACCCAGCGCUGCCUCCUCCAUGACUGCCACCACAACAACAACCACGGCCAGUGGCAGUGGCAGUGGCGCCUCAGGCACCUCUACCGUGCCCGAUGAUCUGAGCCUAGCACCACCCGUCUACGAGCCACAUGUGUCCGUUAAGGCGAACAACUCUUUGGCUGCCGGCGUUGCUACGCUGCUGCCGCCGCUGGCCAAGCAUCGGGAGUUGCCCGUCGAUGUGCCCGAUAGCUUCAUCGAAAUGGUGAAAACGCCGCCGCGCUAUCCACCGCCGGCGCAUCUAUCGUCGCGCGCCUCGCUGCUAUCGAACGUCUCAUCAUCGGCCUCGACGGUGCAGACGACUUUGUCGCUGGGCGACAACAACAACACAUGUACACUGCCCCUGGCCAUCGAUGCCAGGCGCAUCACCGAUGAGCUCAAUGGCAAUGCCAAGCCCGUUCCCCCGCCGCGUGAUCAUCUGCGGAUCGAAAAGGACGGACGCCUCAUCAACUGCGCCCCGGCGCCGCAGCUCCCCGAUCGUCAUCGUGUCGUGGGCAAUGGGAGCAGUCAGGGAGCCGUGGCACCCCACCAGCAGAUAGCACAGAUCGUGGAACCCACUCUAGAGCAGCUGGACAGCAUUAAGAAAUAUCAGGAGCAACUACGCCGCCGGCGCGAGGAGGAGGAGCGCAUUGCGCAACAAAAUGAGUUUCUGCGCAACAGUCUACGCGGAUCGCGAAAACUUAAGGCUCUACAGGACACGGCUGGCAACAAAUCACAGAUGCCGCAGCAGCAGCAGCCCACGGGCAUGACCAACAAUGAGCUUCUGACGAUGGCCGGUGUCGAGAACGAGGCCUACAUGGACGAUGAGACGCUAGAGGCGAGCAAAAUCAUAGGCUAUGGUGAACUGAUUGCCGCACUGACGCGUCUACAGAGUCAGCUGAGCAAGAGCGGCAUGAGCUCGCUUGCGGGUCGUGUUUCGACGGCGCACAAUGUGCUGGCCAAUGCCAGUGUGGCGCACGUGCUGGCCGCCCGCACCGCCGUGCUGCAGCGUCGCCGACCGCGUGUCUCCAGUCCUGUGCACGUGAGUGCGCUCAGUCUUCAAAAGGAUGUGGUGGAAAUGCUGACGCAGUCCAAUACAGCGGCGGCCAUCGAACUGGGGAAUCUUUUAACUAGCCACGAGAUGGAAGGUCUGUUUCUGGCGCACGAUCGCAUUGCCACGCACACAGACACCACCCCCUCGCCGACGCCAACGCUGAGCGGUCACAGCAGUCCGCUGUUUGCGGCAACCGCCGCCAAAUCGGCCUCGCUGCGUGGCACUGCUGUGCCACCACCGGUGGUGCCACCGAUACCACCGGUAGUCGGUCCACCCCCCACGCUGGCACAACGCGGCGCUAUGCCAUUGCCACAGCACGUUCUGGCCGCCGGCGGGAAAAUGGCGGCUGUAACGCCACCUCUGGUGCCAGCACGAAGCGACUCUCCGCCACCGAUGAGCGCCUGCUUCGGUACACUGAACGAUCAGAACGACAACAUACGCAUCAUACAGAUUGAGAAGUCGACGGAACCGUUGGGCGCGACGGUGCGCAACGAGGGCGAAGCGGUGGUCAUUGGGCGAAUUGUCCGAGGCGGGGCUGCCGAGAAGUCAGGACUCUUGCACGAGGGCGACGAAAUACUGGAGGUAAAUGGACAGGAGCUGCGUGGCAAGACGGUGAACGAGGUGUGCGCCCUUCUCGGCGCCAUGCAGGGUACCCUCACGUUUCUGAUAGUGCCCGCGGGCAGUCCGCCCCCUGGUGGUGGCGGCAGUCUCGGUGGCAUGGGUCAUCGCGAUACGGCUGUGCUGCAUGUGCGCGCCCAUUUCGACUACGAUCCCGAGGACGAUCUGUAUAUUCCGUGCCGUGAGCUGGGCAUUAGCUUCCAGAAGGGCGAUGUGCUGCAUGUGAUCUCGCGCGAGGAUCCCAAUUGGUGGCAGGCAUAUCGCGAGGGCGAGGAGGACCAGACACUGGCCGGCCUCAUACCUAGUCAGUCGUUUCAGCAUCAGCGCGAGACCAUGAAGCUGGCCAUUGCCGAGGAGGCUGGCCUGGCGAGAUCGCGCGGUAAGGAUGGCGGCAGCAAGGGGGCGACGUUACUCUGCGCGCGCAAGGGUCGCAAGAAGAAGAAGAAGGCCAGCUCGGAGGCAGGCUAUCCUUUGUACGCCACGACCGCGCCAGACGAGACCGAUCCGGAGGAGAUACUCACCUACGAAGAGGUGGCGCUCUACUAUCCCCGUGCAACUCACAAACGGCCCAUUGUGCUGAUCGGACCACCCAAUAUUGGCAGACACGAGUUACGCCAGCGUUUGAUGGCCGACUCGGAGCGCUUCUCGGCAGCAGUGCCACACACAUCACGUGCACGUCGCGAAGGCGAAGUUCCCGGCGUCGAUUAUCAUUUCAUAACGCGACAGGCUUUCGAGGCGGACAUCUUAGCCCGUCGUUUUGUCGAGCAUGGCGAGUACGAGAAGGCCUAUUACGGCACAUCACUGGAGGCCAUACGCACGGUUGUUGCCAGCGGCAAGAUCUGUGUGCUUAACUUGCAUCCGCAGAGCCUGAAGCUGCUCCGCGCCUCAGACCUGAAGCCCUAUGUGGUGCUGGUGGCACCGCCCAGCCUAGACAAGCUACGCCAAAAAAAGCUGCGCAACGGCGAGCCCUUCAAGGAGGAGGAGCUAAAGGACAUCAUUGCCACGGCACGCGAUAUGGAGGCCCGCUGGGGCCAUCUGUUCGACAUGAUAAUCAUCAACAAUGACACGGAGCGGGCCUAUCAUCAGCUGCUGGCCGAGAUUAAUUCGCUGGAACGAGAGCCGCAGUGGGUGCCGGCCCAAUGGGUGCAUAAUAAUCGCGACGAGUCAUAAACCAAUUGGCCAAUAAGACACACACACAGACACACAGUCUCAUAUAUAUUAAUAUAUAUACAUAUAUACAAUAUAUGCGAACUAUAUGCAUUCCUAUUUGCUUACUAGCGACGCAACACAGUGCUUGUCAAACUGUUUACCAGGGGGUCAUCAAACAUAGAAACAGCAACAACAGCAAAUCGAACCUAACUUUGUAAAUAAAUAUUUAAAACAACUCACAGUCGAAUAUCGAAGCGAGUAACCCCAAAACUGAACACACAUUCCCAACAACAACCAUUAAUAUAUUAUAUAUAAUUAGUUGAAAAACAAAGAAAAAGCAAAACAA